UGCGCCGGCUUGGACUGGUCCUGCAUCCGCCAAUAAUGCUUUUGCAGGGUGUCGCCAGUGUAACCGCCACAAACGGCCCCCAACGUGGUCUCGGAGAGUUCGUUGCACGGAACGGGAGAUCUGCAGCUCGCGCGGCUUUCCUUUUGCUGCAAGGAGAAAUCCUGCAGUCGCAAUACAAUACAAUACAAUAAUUCCAGCUGCAAAGCUUCAUAGCGCGUUGCGCGCUCGGCCACGGCAGGAGCAGCCGGCGCCAAGAGGCUUGAUCUGCCAGGAGUGCCAAAGUUUAGGCGAUGGGAUCCGCGUUAAGCAGCGACACUAGGGAGGUGGCGAACCCUCUCCAGGUAGCAGAAGAGGAGAAGCACCCGCAAGUCCCAUCUUUUGACUGCUCCAUCUGUUUGGAGGUGCUCCACCAGCCCGUAAGGACGCAGUGCGGCCACGUAUUUUGCCACUCCUGUAUUGCAGCAAGUAUAAGGAAUAACACAUGGACAUGUCCCUACUGCCGGGCGUUUCUUCCUUCUGAAGGGAUUCCCGCAACUGAUAUUACCAAGAUGAUGAAAAAUAGACACCAAAAUUGUACAGAAUGUGGAGCACAGGUUCUCCUCAGUGAAAUGCGAGCUCAUCUGAGAACUUGUGACCAAUAUAUAGAGAAAUAUGGGCCCCUACAGGAAGUUGCAUACCCAGACACAAGAUAUCCGUGCCCUUUCUGCCAGUAUUCAUUGGAUGAAGAAGAUUUUCUGGACCAUUUUCUCACUUUCCACAGAUCUGACAGGAGAGCAGUGUACUGUCCAAUUUGUCGCUUAUCACCUGGUGGUGGUUCAAGUUAUUGCAGCAGGAAUUUCUUAAGGCACCUUCAGCUCAGACAUACGUUCUAUUAUGAAGACUAUAUAGAUAUAAGUAUAGUGGAAGAAGCUCUCGUUGAAAGAGUUCUAGAUCGGUCAUUAAUAGAGUAUAUGCAUGUGCCUAAUCCAAAUACGGCGUAAUCCUGUCAAAGUUUGGAAGAAAUACCAAAUGGAUUCGUUACAAUGUGAACUGAAAUGUUGCUUGUAAAGUAUUGUUGUCAACUUCUUUAGGAUUAUAGUUCAGCCUCCCUAAUAACAAAUUAUAUUUAGCAGUCAAAAUUCAUUAUUUUGUUAUAUUGUAUAGGCAUGACAAUCUUGAAUGGUUAUGACCUUCUGAGAAGGUAAUCUUGUUGAGUUGUGACCUACUGAGCUGAGCACACCCAAGGAUUCUUCUUGCAAUGAGCACUGAUUAGAAGCAGUUAGGGCCAUCUUUCUGGAUGGGCUGCUACUGCUUCUGAGUAUCUUUCCUCUUACCAGGAUGUCACUACAUCAAGGAUUCUCAGGUGUGCACAGCCAUGUGAGAGCUGCACCUGAUUUCUACCUGCAUUGACUUACUCAGUUUGUGGGAAACAUUUAUGCUAAAAACUUGAGCAGGGAUAGGAAACCAUUGACCCUCCAGAUGUUGCUGAACACUCCCAUCAUUCCUAGACGUUGGCCAUGUUUGCUGGGGCUGAUAGGAGUU